GCGUCUAUCAACAAACACAUGUAUGCAAGCUCAGCUUGACAUGUAGGGCAGGGUAAGUGCUAGUAAAUGUGUAGCAGGCGAGGUUGAUGAGCACGUGUCACACGUCAAAGCCUGCUAGGCGACACGAAACAUUGCACCGCGCCUGCAAGUACUACGCGCCCUCUCGCUUUCCUCGCUUUCAAACCACAGCGCAUUCCGCAACUCUACCCCACUUACCUAGGUCCCCACCCAUGUCUACUGUCUCGGAGGUACAGCAACAGGCCAACGUGGACGAAACACAAGGCGCCGUAGCUCAGGCUACGGUGGCAAACGGAGGCGAUCUCAUGCCCUUUUCAGGCCACACGAGGGGCAUUUUGGCCAUCGCAUACUCACCUAAUGGCACGUUGCUUGCAACAGGCUCGCUGGACAGCACAGUCCGCAUCUGGGACGCAAACUCCGGCAGGCAAGUAGACGAUGCGAUCCACGGACACACACAGCGGGUCAACAGCGUCUCCUACUCCCCCGACGGUACCUCUGUUGUCUCCGGUAGCAGCGAUGGUACUGUGCGGGUGUGGAACGCCAAGGACCUUACAAACACGCCCGCAGAGAUCAUAGAACAUACUGAGGGUCAGCUAUGGCAUUCAGUCAAGUUCUCCCCAGACGGACAGCUUAUCGCUGGCGGCGGAAGCAAUGGAAAACUUAAGGUCUGGUAUGCGCGCGAGAAGACAGUCAAGUACGAAUACAAAGGAAAUAUCAAGGCUUUCAUUUGGGCCGUUGCCUGGGCGCCGGGAACGAGUCGACUUGCGACUGGGUGCAACGACGGCAAGGUUCGCAUCUAUGACCCGGAAAACCCCGACGUCGCUGUACUCCUCAUCGAAGGACACAGAGGCGCUAUCAACUCGGUGAAGUACUCACCCGAUGGGAAGCUGCUGGCAAGUGGCUCGGACGAUCGCACUAUACGCCUGUGGGACGCGCAGACCGGAACACCCGUGAAGAGUCCAUUCCGUGGGCACAAGAACUGGGUCACCUCCGUGAGGUGGGCUCCCGAAGGCACGCGUAUCGUCAGCGGCUCUGCUGACAAAACUGUUCGCGUCUGGGACGUCAGCAGAGGUCAAGCCAUUUUCAAGGGAGCGUUAUACGGGCACGACAGUGGCAUAUGGAGUGUCUCAUACUGUCCAGAUGGGAAGUCCUUCGCGUCAGCCAAUAGCAGUAACACUCCCCGCGUCCAGGUUUGGGACGCACGGACGGGCGAUGCAUCGUUGCCACUGCUCUCCGAUACUGAGCAUUCGGCAUUAAGAAAAUCACCGGAAGCAAAGUAUGCCAGUGGUAUCAUAUCCAGCGAACCCGGGGAAAUGAAAGCUGGGGCUUCAGUUACCGCUAUUGUUUGGCUCCCAGAUGGCGAACGUUUCGCGAGUGUCGAAGAAGAAUCUCUCGUACGGAUAUGGAGUGCGCAGACCGGCCGCCAGAUCCGGGAGAUCACGACUCAGCAUGAGAUUAUCAGCGCUCUAUCCUUCUCCGCAGAUGGCACGAAACUCGCAGCUACAUCCGACGACCAUACCCUCCUUAUCUUCGAUAUGGAGAAAAUGCAGUCACUGACGCGGCAUCUCACCGGCCAACAUGAAGCGGUCUAUGCUGUCAAGCUGACUCCUGAUGGCUCUAGAGUAUACAGUGGCGGCAAGGACAAGGCUGUGCGUGUCUGGGAUACGCGAACUGGUAGCGUCAAACACGUCCUCAAGGCGCACACCGACGCUGUGUGUGCGCUCUCGUUAGCGAAAGACGGCAGC